ACGGUGCGAGGUGCAGGCUUAAGGAGGAGUGGGUCUCGAACGAGUCUUCUUCGAAUAGACGGAUAGUCGUGGACACGCAGCGCAUACUCGGGUUCACCUGGUUGCCCGAGGAUAACUAAUAAGCCGGGACUAUUGCAGUUUAGCCGUACGAAGUGUGGAGAACAGUUUUUGAACACAGAACCGUAACAGCUAUGUGAUCCAAAGACAAAAUUAAGCUCGAUGGGAGAGACAAAAUAUGACAAAAAACAAGCCGCGCAGUAAACUUGACCGGAAAACGAUAAUAUAACAUGACAAUUAUCAGUAAAGAAAAAAUAGUCGUCAAGACAAUCGUGAAGGUGACUAAUUGACCGUUGUAAUCGUAAUAUCAUCGAUGUUGGUGUCUUUGAUAACUUAAUAAAUAAAAUACUUCGCUUUCACCGCAGAACGGACGAACGAAUUUCUUAUACGAGAUAUACUUACCCUGCUGUCUCUUCAGCUGUUUAUAAGUGAAAGAAAGUUCCUUGAGAGAAACCUGUGUGAAGUUAACCCGGUGGAUUAGCCUCAAUUAUUACAACUGUGGUGCAAUGCGUGGGACGACAACAUGUUGGAUCCAGAUAAUAUUUGUCGCUUGCGUAACCUCAUCGCCUGGCCCGGCAACGAACAGCCCAGUAGAAGCUGUCAGCACACAUUCAAGCACUGUGUCAUCGUUUUCCGAAAACGUGGAAGUGACGGAGGGCCGAAGAUACGACGGCGAAUACGCGGUGAGUGGGAAAACAAACGAGACUGACGUGUCGUCGACGGUGAGGAAGAGGCGAUACGUUCGCUUUCCGUCGAACAAUCCAUACAAGUUCGAAAUUCCCGGAGCGGCAAACGGCCCCUUCGUCAAAUCGUACCUCGGACGUCAAUUGCCGUACCCAGUUUGGCCCGACUUCAAAUCUGUAUGGCGAAAUCCCGUCAUGGGGCAUCGGACACCCAGACUAAUUUUCCGUGACGAUUACUCCAGAGGCACUCCUGGUGGCCUAACCAGUUCUCUUUUUUCCUCCAAUCAGCUACAAGAUUCGGAUGACACUUUCAGAGUUUCAGAUCAAAGGAAGCAGAUAUCUUUCAACGAAUACCCAAGACUAGAUAUAGAAUGCGGAAUAUCCGUUUCGAAGCAAACGGCGCAGCGAAGAAUUGUGGGUGGAGACGAAGCUGGUUUCGGUAGCUUCCCAUGGCAGGCCUACAUUCGUAUCGGUUCCAGCAGAUGCGGCGGUACGCUGGUUAACCGAUUUCAUGUCGUGACGGCCGGUCACUGUGUCGCCAAAGCGUCUGCCCGACAAGUUCAAGUUACCCUUGGAGAUUACGUUGUGAAUUCAGCGGCUGAACCGCUUCCGGCGUACACCUUUGGCGUGAGAGACAUCCGCGUUCAUCCCUACUUCAAAUUUACACCACAGGCGGACAGGUUCGACGUGGCUGUACUCCGGCUGGACAGGCCGGUUCAUUACAUGCCACAUAUCGCACCGAUCUGUUUGCCCGACAAGAACGAAGACUUCCUGGGACAAUACGGCUGGGCCGCCGGCUGGGGCGCACUUCAAGCUGGUUCUAGAUUACGCCCAAAAACAUUGCAAGCAGUCGAUGUGCCUGUGAUUGAUAACAGAGUGUGCGAGCGAUGGCAUCGUUCGAACGGCAUAAACGUUGUAAUUUACGAUGAAAUGAUGUGUGCCGGUUAUAGCAGCGGUGGGAAAGAUUCUUGCCAGGGUGACAGCGGAGGCCCGCUGAUGCUGGAGAAGACCGGAAGGUGGUACCUGAUCGGUAUAGUUUCAGCUGGAUAUUCUUGCGCCCAGCCUGGCCAACCCGGAAUUUACCACCGUGUUGCAAAAACUGUCGACUGGAUAACGUACAUCAUGAACUCGUAGCAUUGGGCAGAGUUCGACAAUGAUAUGGUAUAUAAGUAGAUAAAUUUUAACAAUUUCCAUUAUAAAUCAUACGACAGAAUUUCACAGUACGUUAAUGCCACAUUUUUAAUUAAUUGCAUAGCUUCUGUGUACUCGCUGAAUUUUGCCUGUGAUCGCAUUUGAUGAUCAAGCGUAUAAGAAAUGUUUUUUUGCAAAAACAUAAAAUCGUGCCGAAAUCUGUUUCUAUUCCUAAUAAUAAAUAUGUAUGUAUAAAGUAACAAAUCGUAAUUUUAUAAUAAUCAUAACUAAAAAUUAUAAUAUUUCAUACGUGUAUAUAUAAUUAUUGUUACGAGUAUGAGUUAUACGAGUCGUCGAAAGAGUCCGGCCAGGAUCUUGUUGUCUUACAAAUAACCUUGAAACUGAUACAGUGAAAUUCUACGUCAUUUUAAUAUUCUUAGGACUGAUGAGAAUAAUAAAUAAUUUCGGAAUAUCUGUAUCAUAAAUUUUCAUAUAUAUAUAUAUAUAUAUAUGUACAAUAUUACGGUAUAACUUAAUUUAGUUUAUUAUCUGAUGUGUGUGAUUAGUCACCUGUAUGUAUGAAUAAAUUGAUUCGUUUGUAGAUUAUUUUUAUCCCCAAUGGAAAACUAUACAAAAAAUAGUCUUUGAUAUAAAUUCUAUACCUACCCAAAUGCCAAAACCGUUAUUUAUCCAAUGGCCGUCUCUUCUCUUGGAAAUAAAUGAAUUUUAAUAUCAUGGUACAUUAAUAAAAAUUUAUAUUUAUUGUACAAGUAACAUAAUAAUGAAGUACGGAUUACACCUUACAUGUAAAGAAAUGUAAUUAAUUUGACAAUAUUAAACUGUCCAAAUCAAUUAAUUACUUGGGUACCCAUAUUUUACAUCUUGCUUAUACGGGUACGCAGCAAUUUCAUGCGUA